CUGGAAUCUAUGAUGUUUUAGUUCCGUGUUCAGCUCAUAGGUAAAUAUGGCGGGCAAAAAUUUUUAAAAUUUGUUGUUGAUUAUUGAAAAACAUACCAACAAACUUUCACUACGAUUACGCCAUUAAUGUUUUCGUGGAUAUAAUAAUGAUGCACCUCAGAUGUUUUUCAAUCGUAUAUACACAAUAAUGAAAAAGCGCUUGCCUGAUAUCCUGCCUCUUCAAACUGGAUAUUGAUCUCUUCCUAUUUUGGUACACGCGCGCAUCAGCCUCCCUAAAAUCAUCAUUUUCUCUACGGUUCCUGAGAAAUGUUAUGUGAAAUAUCGACGAUACUGAUUUCGAUUUUCUCGAACUGAUUGCGGUGUUUGACUGAAUGCCCAAGUGAUUGUACUAGAGCUGAAAUUGAACCGAAAUUCGUAUGGAAAAAAAUCAAAAUGAUGCUCGGUCGGAAGCAAAGUUUGAAGGGAGAGCCUGUCCUGGCUGAUUAUGGGCCUGAUGAGGCAUUCAAUGAGAGUGCAGAUACUGAAUGGGUGAACAAAAGAUGGGUUCGUCGAGUUAUGAGGACUUGUGCUCUUCUGAGUCUUGCCUCAGUGAGCUGCAAUACUCCAAAAACUUUCGAGAAAUUUCUCUUCAUGCAAAUGACAACUUUUUAUGUGGAUGCGGUCGUUACUUUUCUUUUCACGUCAGAAAUGAUCGCCAAAAUGCAUAUAAGAGGAAUUUUGAAGGGAGAUCGACCAUAUCUGAAAGACCACUGGUGUCAAUUUGAUGCGAGCAUGGUAUUUUUCCUGUGGAUCUCAGUGAUACUUCAAAUAUUCGAAAUUAUCAGUAUCGUACCAAGAUUCAGUUACCUAUCUAUUCUGAGAGCUCCAAGGCCUUUGAUUAUGAUAAGAUUUCUGAGAGUCUUCCUAAAAUUCUCAAUGCCGAAAUCUAGGAUAAAUCAAAUAUUUAAGCGAUCGAGUCAACAGAUUUACAAUGUGACGCUAUUUUUCUUAUUCUUCAUGUCUCUGUACGGUCUCUUGGGUGUACAGUUUUUCGGUGAAUUGAAAAAUCACUGUGUUACUGAAAAUACAACGAAUCCUAGAGACAUCACAAUCAACAGUCUCGCAAUACCAGAUACGUUUUGCUCUUUAGAUCCAUCUUCAGGUUAUCAAUGUCCGAAAGGUAUGAAAUGCAUGAAGCUGGAGGGAGUAUCACGAUAUAUCAUUGGGUUCAAUGGAUUCGAUGAAUUUGUGACCAGUUUUUUCACCGUCUACCAGGCGGCCUCGCAAGAAGGCUGGGUGUUCAUUAUGUACAGGGCGAUUGAUUCGCUGCCCGGCUGGCGAGCCGUACUGUAUUUCAGCACGAUGAUCUUCUUUCUGGCUUGGCUGGUGAAGAACGUCUUCAUAGCAGUUAUCACGGAGACUUUUAACGAGAUAAGGGUGCAGUUCCAGCAGAUGUGGGGGAUCAGAGGGCAUAUCCAGAACAGUUCUGCGUCGCAGAUACUCAUUGGUGACGACAAGGCAUGGAAACUCGUCACCUUGGACGAGAACAAACACGCCGGCCUGGCGCCCGAGUUCUGCCACAAGAUCCUCCGGUCUCCCCACUUCCGUCUCAUAGUCAUGUGUGUCAUCCUGGCCAAUGGCAUCGUCACAGCCACGAUGCACUUCAAGCACGACGAGAGGCCGCGUCACGUGUUCUACGAAAAGUACUACUACAUCGAGCUGGGCUUUACGGCCUUGCUGAACUUGGAGACGAUUUUUAAGGUUUGGUGUCUGGGAUGGCGCAGCUACUGGAAACACUCUAUACACAAGUUCGAGCUGCUGCUAGCCGUGGGGACUAGUUUGCACGUGAUUCCGAGCUUUUACAUGAGCGGUUUCACCUACUUCCAAGUGUUGAGGGUAGUGCGACUCAUCAAAGCUUCUCCCCUGCUGGAGGACUUCGUCUACAAGAUUUUCGGCCCGGGGAAAAAACUGGGCAGCCUGAUUAUCUUCACCAUGUGCUUGCUGAUCAUCUCUUCCAGCAUCUCGAUGCAGCUGUUCUGCUUUCUGGAUUUUCCUAAAUUCGAAACCUUCGCCGAGGCCUUCAUGUCCAUGUUCCAGAUUCUGACACAGGAGGCCUGGGUGGAGGUGAUGGACGAGACCAUGUUGAGGACCAGGUCUAUGCUGGCACCGCUGGUUGCUGUCUACUUCAUUUUGUACCAUCUCUUCGUGACACUGAUAGUGUUGAGCUUGUUCGUGGCCGUUAUCUUGGAUAAUCUGGAAUUGGACGAGGAUAUUAAAAAACUCAAGCAGCUGAAAUACAGAGAACAAAGUGCCGAAAUCAAAGAGACACUACCAUUCAGGCUCCGAAUUUUCGAAAAAUUUCCCGACAGCCCUCUCAUGGUCACUUUGCAUAAAGUUCCAUCAGAUUUCAAUUUGCCCAAAGUAAGAGAAAGUUUCAUGAGACAGUUCGUCUACGAAACAGAGGAAGACGAAAACUCAGAAAGCGGCUUGAAAAAAAUCAGCGAAGAAGUGUUCGACUCCAAAAUAAUUUACAGAAAACAAAAACCGUUGAGAAUUUUGAAUGAUCUAGCCAAAGUCAGAGUCGUGAAUCUGAAACUCAAGAAAACUUCAGUCGCUCAUAUAAUAAACGAUUCGAAUAAUCAGCGGUUGAUGCUGGGAGAUUCUUCUAUCAUACCUGUGCCAGGUGCCAAAGGGACUUUGAAGCAGCAAGGGACAGCCAAUAGUAUGAAACAGUUACGUAUUGACCAUAAGAAAUUUGGUUCGAGAUCCAUAAGACGAAGUGUACGGAGUGGAUCUAUCAAACUAAAACAAACCUACGAACAUCUGAUGGAAAACGGCGAUAUAGGGGUAAAUAGGGUGACUUCUAACAGAGCCAGGCCACAUGAUUUGGAUAUAAAACUUUUGCAAGCCAAAAGACAACAAGCCGAGAUGAGAAGGAAUCAACGUGAAGAAGACCUAAGGGAAAACCACCCAUUUUUCGACACCCCUUUAUUUUCAGUUCCAAGAGAAAGUAGAUUCAGAAAAUUCUGUCAAUUGAUUGUGUACGCUAGAUACGAUGCCAGAUUGAAAGAUCCUCUUACAGGGAAAGAAAGAAAAGUCCAAUACAAGACACUACACAAUUUUCUGGGAUUGGUGACCUAUCUAGACUGGGUGAUGAUAACAAUGACUACAUUGUCAUGCCUUUCCAUGAUGUUUGAGACUCCUUCUUAUCGCGUCAUGGAGAAUGUCAGCCUUCAAAUUGCCGAAUAUGGCUUCGUUAUUUUCAUGAGCAUGGAGCUGGCCCUGAAAAUUUUGGCUGACGGAUUGUUCUUCACUCCGAAGGCUUAUGUCAAAGAUGUGGCUGCACUUUUGGACGUUUUCAUCUACUUGGUGAGCCUGACCUUCCUCUGUUGGAUGCCAACAAGCGUACCCCCCAACUCAGGGGCUCAACUCCUAAUGAUCCUCCGCUGCCUCAGACCCCUGAGGAUAUUCACCCUCGUUCCUCACAUGAGCAAAGUGGUCUAUGAGCUAUGCAGGGGCUUCAAGGAGAUCCUGCUGGUAUCCACUUUGCUGAUCCUGCUCAUGUUCAUCUUCGCUAGCUAUGGGGUGCAACUUUACGGGGGUCGGUUGGCCAGGUGCAACGACCCUAAUAUUACGAGGAGGCAGGACUGUGUGGGGGUGUUUAUGAGGAGGGUGUUCGUUACCAAGAUGAAGGUGCAACCUGGCGAGAACGAGACGUAUCCUGCUAUGUUGGUGCCUAGAGUCUGGGCCAAUCCUAGGAGAUUCAAUUUCGACAACAUCGGUGAUGCAAUGUUAACCUUGUUCGAGGUUUUAUCGUUCAAAGGCUGGUUGGAUGUCAGAGACGUACUUAUAAAAAAUUUGGGGCCUGUCCACGCCAUCUACAUUCACAUUUACAUCUUUCUGGGUUGCAUGAUAGGUCUCACGUUGUUCGUGGGCGUGGUAAUCGCUAAUUAUUCCGAGAACAAGGGCACAGCCCUUUUGACGGUCGACCAAAGGAGAUGGUGCGAUCUGAAGAAGAGACUGAAAAUCGCGCAACCAUUGCAUCUACCUCCUAGACCGGAUGGAAAAAAAUUCAGAGCCUUCAUAUACGACAUAACCCAAAAUAUCAAAUUCAAAAGAUGCGUGGCUUUCAUGGUGUUGAUAAAUAGUGCACUUCUGAGUGUGACUUGGAACAAAGAAGAUGCUCACACCGAUAUUUUGGCCACUGUCGGCAUGAUUUGCACCCUUCUUUUCGUGGUAGAAGUGGUGAUGAAAAAUAUAGCUUUCACCCCUAGGGGUUAUUUGCAAUCGAGAAGGAAUCGGUACGAUUUGUUCGUUACCGUCAUGGGAGUAAUUUGGAUGUUUUUCCACUGUAUGUUCAAGAAUGAUCUCACCUACUUUGUUGGUUUCAUGGUGGUGAUACUGAGAUUUUUUACCAUAACUGGGAAACAUGCCACUUUGAAAAUGUUGAUGCUAACAGUUGGAGUGUCGGUUUGCAAGAGUUUUUUCAUCAUAUUCGGGAUGUUUCUGUUGGUUUUCUUCUAUGCCCUAGCUGGGACCAUUAUUUUCGGAACUGUCAAGUAUGGAGAAGGAAUUGGCAGGCGAGCUAAUUUUGAGUCUCCUGUCACCGGAGUGGCCAUGUUGUUCCGGAUCGUGACCGGAGAAGACUGGAACAAAAUAAUGCACGACUGCAUGAUCCAGCCGCCAUAUUGCACUCCGGCAGCCAACUAUUGGCAAACCGAUUGCGGCAAUUUCUAUGGGUCUUUGAUAUAUUUCUGCACCUUCUACGUCAUCAUCACUUAUAUCGUUCUCAACUUAUUAGUUGCUAUCAUCAUGGAGAACUUUUCAUUAUUUUACUCGAACGAAGAAGACGCUCUUUUGUCAUACGCGGACAUCAGAAAUUUCCAAAAUACUUGGAAUGUGGUCGACAUCCACCAGAGAGGGGUGAUCCCAGUACGCAGGGUCAAGUUCAUCCUGAGAUUGCUCAAAGGUCGCUUGGAAGUGGACCCGCAGAAAGAUCGUUUGCUGUUCAAGCACAUGUGCUAUGAAUUGGAAAGGCUGCACAACGGUGAAGAUGUCACUUUUCACGAUGUUAUCAAUAUGUUGUCAUAUCGAUCUGUAGACAUCAGGAAAGCUCUUCAAUUGGAGGAGUUGUUGGCCAGAGAAGAAUUCGAAUAUAUAAUUGAAGAAGAAGUGGCAAAGCAAACCAUAAGAACGUGGCUAGAAGGUUGUCUCAAGAAGAUAAGAUCAACAAAUAAACAACAAAACAGUUUGAUAGCCGGCCUCCGAGCGACAAAUGAAGCCCUAAACAUGCCAGAACCGGCAGAGGAGAGCAAAGACAACAGCCCGGACGACGAACGCGAACCCGAGGCCAACAAGGAGAACCUCGAGGGCAAAAAGCCGAAAAUCGCCCCGCUGCCCAGAUCCGACAGUGUGGGCAGCAGUUCGGGCAGGAAAUUCCUGGCGCCGACCCUGUCUGAUCCCGCGGCUAGGCCCGAGAGCAAGGAACGCGCAGUGACGAAGAAGAAGAAUGUGAGGCCGGCGGUGGUUAAUAAGAAUUUAACGCACUUGAACGACAAUGAAAAUAGGCUUCCGAGAGAGGUUUUUCAUAGUAAGACGACGGUGCCGAAAACUAGUAAUGCGCUUCAUGAGAUUAGGGAUUGGUGGAACGAACAGCUCGCUUAUGUUUCUUCAAGCGACGAAGAAUAACUGAUUUUUUUUCGUUAUAAUUGGGAUAUUUUGUUCCUCAGCCAUCUUUUUCUUUCACAAAUUUCAUAGGAAAUUUAGAUUUCUCGAGUUUUCUCCAGGAGAAAUAGCGAAAUGUCCAUAUAAUUGACAAGUUUGUCCAAAAUAUGAUAAUCA